UUGGAGAGAAACCAGAGAAAGGAUUAGCAGAACAUCAAUCCCUGGAAGUCAUCGCUUUGAAGUAUUGACGGCCAAAGGGCUUCGGAACUGGUUCUGAACAGGAAACAAACGUCUGCUUGGCUAACUUGUUAUUUUACCCGGUUGAAGCUCUAGGUAUGAAUUGAGGAUGAAUGUGAACCAGCAGCCUCCCAUGGCAUCUCCGUACGGCCAGCCCCAGCCUGGCUACGGCCAGCCUAGCUACGCUCCCUUGGGAGGCGGUUACCCCGGCCCCUAUGGACCCUACAGCGGCCCCGCUACAGCCUACCAGCCUGGGGCUCCACAAGGAUCUGCCAGGGGCCCCCCUCCAGUCUCCACCAACCAGGCCUACUCCCAGUAUGCCCAGGGAGACAUUCAGAAUGGGCCCCCACCUAUGGAUCACUCUAUGGCUCAGCCAGCUCAGAGGCCGCCAGUGUGUCAGCCAUAUAGCCACGGUGCUAUGAACUUGUCGGGGCCACACCCUUCUUACCCCCAGCAGUACGGGGUGCAGCCCUCCAUGCAACAGAUGACCAAUCAGAUGUCAGGGAUGCAGGUCGGGUCAGGCCCCCUCACCUCUGCUGGGCCGGGAUAUGCUCCACCUCCCAGCUCCGAGCCUCCAAUCAGUGCUGCCUACUCCGCUGCAGCCCCUCCCUCCUAUACACAAGCUCCUCACCCAGUGUCUGGUGCCCCCUCCCAGCCUCCCCCUCCCAGUGAGCCUGCAGCCCCCCAACCUUACUAUGAUGGCCCUCCUCCCUCUCAACAACAACCUUUCCCCUCCUCCGCCCCCCCCUCCUCCCAACCCUUCCCCUCCUCCUCUCCAUACUCGGGCCCUCCCCCUUCCAGCCAACCUCGGGCCCCUGCAGUCUCUCGACAACAGUCCUUCCCACCUGGCCCCCCUCCCCCUGUGCAACAAACCUUUCCCAACUCUGCUCCUCCUCCAGUCUCCCAGGCCUUGUACUCUGGCCCCCCUCCCUCCUCCCAACCUGGCCCUUUCCCACCUACCUUUGCAUCCCCUGCCCAGUACCCUGCCGCCCAGCCCCCGUCCCAACCCGGGCCCCCUCACUUCCACUCUGGCCCCCCUCCCCAAUGCCCCAUGCCACCCCCCUCUAUGUCCCAGCAGCAGGCCAACCCCCUUCCCCCUGGCCCCAUGCAGCAGCCUCCUCAGCCUGGCAUGCAUGGAGGAUACCCAACCCAGCAGAAUGGUGCGUUUGGGCAGCCCAGAGGCCCCCAGCCCGGCUAUGCAGGCCCGCAGUAUCCUGGGCAACAGAACUACGGCGCAGUCCCUGCCCCCACACCUGCCCCCACACAGAAGAGACUGGACCCUGACUCCAUCCCCAGCCCAAUCCAGGUGAUUGAGGACGACCGGGCCAACAAGAGCAGUGAGCCGUUCACCACGGGGGUCAAAGGUCAGACUCCGCCCCUUGUCACCACCAACUUCCAGGUGAAAGACCAGGGCAACGCCAGCCCGCGGUUCGUCCGCUGUACAGCCUACAACAUACCCUGCACGGCCGACAUGGCCAAACAGUCCCAGGUCCCCCUGGCAGCCGUAAUCAAACCUCUAGCCAUGUUGCCCCCCGACGAGACCCGUCCGUACAUGGUGGACCAUGGGGAGGCCGGUCCUAUCCGCUGUAACCGAUGCAAGGCCUACAUGUGUCCCUACAUGCAGUUCAUCGAGGGCGGACGCCGCUUCCAGUGUGGCUUCUGCAGCUGUGUCACAGACGUGCCUCCCCACUACUUCCAGCAUCUGGACCACACAGGGAAGAGGGUGGACUGCUGCGACCGGCCAGAGCUCUCUCUGGGCAGCUACGAGUUUGUAGCCACCGUCGACUACUGUAAGAACAAUAAGCUCCCCCAGCCCCCGUCGUUCAUCUUCUUCAUCGAUGUGUCUUACAACGCCGUGAAGAGUGGCAUGGUUAACAUCGUCUGUCAGGAGCUCAAGACUCUACUGGACUACCUGCCCAGGGAGAAUCCAGAGGCAGACUCGGUGGUACGUGUGGGUUUUGUAACCUACAACAAGGUGUUGCACUUCUACAACGUCAAGUCCAGCCUGGCCCAGCCCCAGAUGAUGGUGGUCAGUGACGUCAGUGACAUGUUCCUCCCUCUGCUCGACGGCUUCCUGGUCAACGUCAACGACAGCCGGAUGGUCAUCGAGAGUUUGCUAGACCAGAUUCCGGAGAUGUUUGCAGACACCAGGGAGACUGAGACGGUGUUCGGACCAGUCAUCCAGGCAGGACUGGAGGCACUGAAGGCUGCAGACUGUGCCGGGAAGCUGUUUUUGUUCCACUCCAGUCUACCGAUCGCUGAGGCUCCUGGGAAACUGAAGAACAGAGAGGACAAGAAACUGGUGGGAACAGACAAGGAGAAGUCUCUGUUCCAGCCCCAGUCUGGUUUCUAUAGUAACCUGUCUAAGGAGUGUGUAGCACAGGGCUGCUGUGUGGACCUCUUCCUGUUCCCCAACCAGUACGUCGACGUGGCAACGCUUGGCGUGGUGCCCGUCUCCACUGGCGGCUCAGUCUACAAAUACACCUACUUCCAGGCUGAGAUGGACCGCGAGCGGUUCCUGAAUGAUCUGCGACGAGACGUUCAGAAGCCGAUGGGCUUUGACGCUGUCAUGAGGGUCCGAACGAGCACAGGUAUCAGAGCGACAGAUUUCUUUGGCUCGUUCUUCAUGAGCAACACGACAGACGUGGAGCUGGCAGGCCUGGACUGUGACAAGACUGUCACCGUGGAAUUCCGCCACGACGACAAGCUCAGCGAGGACACCGGGGCGCUCAUGCAGUGCGCGGUGUUGUACACCAGCUGUAGUGGUCAGCGGCGUCUGAGGGUCCACAACAUGGCGGUCAACUGCUGCUCCCAGCUCGCCGACCUCUACCGGAACUGUGAGACGGACACAAUCAUCAACUUCUUCUCCAAGUAUGCGUACCGCAGCCUAUUGAACACCCCGACCAAGACGGUGAGAGACACCUUGGUGAACCAGUGUGCCCAGAUUCUGGCCUGCUACCGCAAGAACUGUGCCAGCCCCUCGUCUGCCGGACAGCUGAUCCUACCAGAGUGUAUGAAGCUGCUGCCGGUCUAUUUGAACUGUGUGUUGAAGAGCGACGUGCUGCAACCGGGAGCUGACGUCUCAGUAGACGACAGAGCCUACCUGAGACAGCUGCUCAGCUGUAUGGACGUAUCAGAGAGCCACGUCUUCUUCUAUCCACGCCUACUUCCCCUGGUGAAGUUGGAUGGAGGGUCGUUGCCAAUGGCAGUGCGUAACUCGGAGGAGCGCCUGUCAAAGGGCGGAGUCUACCUCCUGGAGACAGGGCUCUACCUCUUCCUGUGGGUGGGAGCCAAUGCCCAGCAGGAGCUGCUCAGCAACAUCUUCGGCACGCCCACCUUCAGCCAGAUAGACCCCAACAUGACGAGUCUGCCUGAGCUGGACAACCCGUUCUCCCAGAGACUCAGAGAGAUCAUCGACUCCUUCAGAUCACAACGAUCACGAUACAUGAAGUUGAUGGUGGUGAAGCAGGAGGACAAGGCGGAGCUCAUCUUUAAACACUUCCUGUGCGAGGACAAAAGCGCCAGCGGAGGAGCUUCCUACGUCGACUUCCUGUGUCACAUGCACAAAGAAAUCCGCCAGCUGCUCAGCUAGGACCCUUGACCUCUGAUUGUUCAACCCUGACCCUGUCGCCCCUCCGAAGCGCUUUCUUUUAUUUACCUAAUAAACUGAACCCCUCUCCCUCUGUCAGCGAGAGGCCAGAGACAUAUACACAGCCUCGUGGCAGAUUCCAUGUGUCAUCAUAUGACUCUAAACUAUUCCAAACGUCAAGCUCUAAAACAACUGAAGCUAAUCCGCUGGCCAACGGAGGAGGUAGAGAGUGUGUGUGUGUGUGUGUGUGUGUGUGUGUGUGAGGGAGAGCACUGCUGUGGAUUUGUACUAGGUGUUCUGUCUAGCACUGAAGCCCGUUGUAGCUGUACCCCCCCCCCUCCCCCCGGCCUGUGGUAGAAACACCCAGUAGAACUAAGGAAGAUGGCACAAACUAGAUAGAAAUAAAUGCUGUUAACCAUCUCUAGAA